AUGGCUUUAGUGUUGGGCACCGGUUAUACAUUUGAUAUCCUUUGCCAGCUGCAGCUACAACAGCCGAUCGGUGUACGGUUGACCGAGCAGCUUCGCCGCUGCAACACCUUCAUCGUCAAUAGCGUACUGUUUGACUUCAGCAGGACUACAGUUCUGUCCAACGUAGAACUGUCACGGAUCAACGAGAUGAAACGGAGCAAUCCCAAGGCGGAUGUACUGCUAACGAUCGCGCUACCCUUGAACGUCAGCAUCACCGCGACGCAUGCUCCCCUAUCCGAACGGAUUGGUUUCGUGCUCCGGGACAAUGGGCUCGAUGGCGUUGAUCUAGACUUUGAUAUAACAUCACUCGAUGAUUACGGGCGUAUCCGAUAUGGGCAGUUCUUGCGUGCAUUACGAUCGCUGCUCGGCAACAAGUAUCUCGUUAGUACCACAAUCGGUUGCCAGUCACUGGGUGAUUCAAGGCUAUUGCUAGAGUCGUUUAAUGAUCAGCUGGAUAUGGUGAGUGUUAUAGGUGUCGAUACGCCUCCAGCGAGUGUCGGCGAGUCCGAGUUUACCGUGCGAGAUUACACCAUCGAGCCGAUCCGUCAGCUAGUACAGCAGGGGUUGAACGUGCAGAAGAUCGUGCUCAGCGUACUGACCGUGGGCAUCGUGUUUAAUCCGAGCAACUAUCGUAACUCGCGCUCGCUGCAAGCCCGAAACCGUGUUGGAGUGCUAUCGUACAGUCAGGUGUGCGAGUUGAUUGCUGACAAGCGGGCAAAGUGUGGUACGGAGACCCUCGACUCUGGUUGUUCGCUGUUUAGCGGAAAGGGUGCGAUCGUGUACGAUGAUGAGCAGACGGUUGAACGGCGUACGACCCAAGCGAAACAGUUCGGUGCCCGUGGGGUGCUGAUGCUGCUCAAUUAUGACGAUGCCGACAAUGUCUGCGAUCGAGGCUCGUAUCCGUUGUUCAAAGCACUCUGCAGAACGAUCGCCACCGAUGAUCGGGUGUUCAGGGAGGGAGCCGGUGGUGCCGUUUGCAGUCACGAUGGUCGCUACGCAGACACGCAGGAUCCGAGUGUGUACUAUACGUACCAAGAUGGCAGGUUUCAUCAGCAUCGCUGUGCGGAUGGUGAACUGUUCAACAAUGUGCUGGAGAUGUGUAUCCAGCAAAUGCAGCCCAUCGUUGGCUUUGCUGAACCACCUAAUCCAGUGGACGUCGAAGAUUCUGCGUCGAAUGAAUCACCGUUUGCUAGCGAGUCUACCACGAUGUACCAGCAGAAUUCAAAGGUAGAAAAUGCGACAACGUCCCACCCCUUGACCCCAGAAACCGAUACCGUCGAGCCAUAUUCGGAGUCUAGCCUCGAGAGCAUGUUAUCGUUCAUGGACGGUAUUAUUAAGCAGGCAUUAAGCCUGGUGCAACGGUUAGAAGUUCUGGAGGCGCUCUCUGUCACGAGAACGGUACAGGACAGGACUGUAAUCCAGGACGAUAGUGAUGGUAGUGCGCCCGAAGAGAAUGUUCCAAAUUUUUUGAGUUUUAUUUGA